UUCUAGCAGGUAGAAUCAUGGGGCUCAAAUUCAUGUUCUCCAUUGCCUUCCUCUUGUGUCUUUCAAGUGUGAGCUCUACCUCGCACUAUUUCACCUCCAUGUUUUCCCUCGGAGACUCCUACAUCGAUACCGGCAACUUCGUCAUCAUGGCAACUCCGGUUGUACCUGUGUGGAAUGACAAGCUUCCUUAUGGCAUGACUUUCUUUGGUCAUCCCACAGGCCGCAUGAGCGAUGGCAGAGUCAUCAUCGAUUUCAUUGCCGAGGAGUUUGGUCUCCCUUACCUUCCGGCUUCCCUUGCGAAUAGCUCUAGUGUCUCCCAAGGCGUGAACUUUGCCGUCGGCGGCGCCCCGGCGACUGGCAUUGACUACUUCGAGAAGAACAAUAUUGUGCCGUUUAAACUUCUGAACAAUUCCUUGGAUGUGCAGCUAGGUUGGUUUGAGGAACUCAAGCCAACAAUUUGCAACACCACUACUAAAGAAGCCAACGGGUUCAAAAAUUGUUUUGGUAAAACCCUUUUCAUUGUUGGAGAGUUCGGGGUGAAUGAUUAUAACUUCAUGUGGAUGGCGGGGAAGCCAAAACAAGAGGUCGAGUCGUAUGUGCCUCAAGUUGUGAAAAAGAUCACAAUGGGUGUGGAGAGGCUCAUUAACGAAGGUGCGGUUUAUGUGGUUAUUCCGGGGAACCCACCAACCGGAUGCGCACCGGCGCUCCUCACAUCCCGCAUGAGCCCUAAUAAAACAGAUUACGACAACCUUGGCUGCCUGUGUCCUAUCAAUAACGUUGCCAAACACCACAACACGAUGCUACGUGCAGCUCUCGGAGUGCUCAAGGGCAAGUACCCACAUGCCAAAAUCAUUAUCGCUGACUUCUACAAACCCAUCAUCCGAGUACUCCAGAAUCCUAGCCAUUUUGGAUUCGCCGGAGAAGGCAUCCUCAAGGCUUGCUGUGGCACCGGCGGCGCGUACAACUGGAACGCGAGCGCCAUCUGCGCCAUGCCCGGAGUGGUCGCCUGCAAGGAUCCGUCGGCCGCGGUCUCAUGGGACGGGGUUCACUACACGGAGGCCAUCAACCACCACAUCGCCAAGGGGUGGCUCUACGGCCCUUACGCUGAUCCGCCAAUUUUGGCUGCUAUCCGCAACUGAUUUGCCCAUGGAAUAAUCCUAGCAGAUUGUCAAGCCUGUCCGUGUGCAAUCGACAUCUGGUUUUGCAACUGACAUGCAGACCGUGAAUUGAAAGAAAUAAAUUAAAAAUUAAUCCGGGGUAUACAUAUCACAGUUUGUAAAAAGAAAAGAAAAUCAUUUGUUGACCAUUGUUGUUCUGACUUUACAUCUUACUUUGCUUAACCUGCCACGUGAUAA